AUGGCGGGGUCAGAUAGAAGGAUCUGUAAAGAGGAUGAGCUAUCAGGAAGAAUGGUAUCCAAGCAUGGUCAGGUCUUGGUGGCUGUGUUUUGUGCAUCACAGGCAGAUGGAAUUCACUUGUGUUGUUUUCCCCUGCCUUGUGUUAGCUUACAUGGGCCAAGCAACGUACCAGAAGGACUUUUCUGGCCAGUCUUUGUGAUUGUUACACUCGCUGCUGUUAUUGCCAGUCAGGCCAUCAUAUCUGCUACCUUUUCAGUCACGAAGCAAGCCAUGGCCCUUGUCUUAGUGAGAUCAAGGGAUGCAGAAGCUACUGAUGAUGUUGGAGAUGAGCUGCGAACUCCAUUGAUGCAUGAUCAACGAUUAGGAGAACCAAAAGCACUGAAAUCAGGAGAACAUGGAGAGUGUAUUGUGUUCUUUCCUCCAAGAAAGACUGCCAAGCUGCGUAAUGCCAUCACAUCCUUUACUCAAUUGGAUGGUGAAUCACUCUAUGAAGCUUGGGAAAGGUAUAAAGAUUUAGAAAGGCAAUGUCCUCAUCAUGAGAUUAUCCCAACAUGGCUCCUUAUCCAGACAUUCUAUAAUCGGUUGGCUCAUGAGGUUCGAAUUUCUAUUGAUGCUGCAGCCAGAGGUGCUCUCAUGGGUAAGACAGCUGCUCAAGCCAAGGGCGGCAAGUAUGAGGUCGAUGCGAUAACUUCACUCUCUAGUAAAGUUGAUGCUUUGUCUCAACAAAUCAAGAGUAUAUCAGUUGGGGCUAAUACUGAGAUCAAUGAUUUCCAAGGGAAUAAUGCAAAUUCCAUAUCUCCUGAUAUGAGUAUUGUGGAACAAGAGCAAGUCAAUGUUGUGUAUGGUGAUUUUAGACCUAGAAAUGAUCCUUACUCGAAUACUUUCAAUCCUGGUUGGAGGAAUCACGAGAACUUCUCUUGGAGCAACAAUCAACCUCAAGCACCACGCAAUUCCAACCCUCCUGGGUUUCAGCAGAGACAACAAGGUCCACCCUCUCAACAACCUCCUCAAAAGUCAUACACCGAUUCCUUGCUAGAAAGACUCUUAGUAAUCUUUGAGGAAAUGAAUAAGAAGUUUGAUAAGGUUUAUGCUCACAACAAGAUAGUUGACACCCAGACUACACAGCUAGCCCAACAAAUGUCACAUGUGACUCAACAGACUUUAGAGGAACCAAUGAAGCCUAUUGUGACAUCAUCGAAGGUUGAUAAAGACGGCAUUAGUAAAGAGGUUGAGAAAUCUCCAUCAAAUCCUGCUAGAGUUUAUGUAGAGCCGGCUCCUUUCCCUCAUCGAUUGGCAAAGGCUAGAAUAGAGAACAAGUACGGGAAGUUUCUUGAGUUAUUGAAAGAUAAGAAGAAGAUUUAUGAAGCUACUAUAGUGGAGCUUUUCGAGGAGUGUAGUGCCAUCCUUCUUAAUACGCUCCCUCCAAAGCUUAAUGAUCUUGGAACCUUCACUAUUCCAUGUUCGAUUGGAGAUGUAACUAUUCAAAGGACACUUUAUGAUCUUGGAGCCAGCAUAAGUCUCAUGCCUAAUGCUAUCUUCAAAAAGCUCAAUUUUGGUGAUCUUCGCCUUACUCAUGUCUCCCUGCAACUAGCAGACCGAUCUGUACAAUAUCCUUUGGGUAUUUUAGAGGAUGUACCCCUCCAAGUUGGCAAGUUAACCAUCCCAUGUGAUUUCUUUGUUAUGGAGAUGCCGAAAUAUGUGUACACUCUCAUUAUCCUAGGUAGACCAUGUCUUACUACUACUGGAGCUUUGAUUGAUGUGAAGCAUGGUAAGUUGUAG